GAAAUUAAAUAAGGGAUCGAUGAUCAGUUUUCAAUUUUGUAGUUUACAAUUAUUAAAUUGGUGCAGCUAUUCCAUCAAAUAUAUUUUUUAAAAUGUGAGCGCGUUACACAACAUCUCGAGGUCUGUUCUUUUCAAUUGAACCUUUUACAUGUGCAAAGCUAAAAGAACGGACUUCGAGACCGUUGAGCAAGCGCGCUGAGCCGGCCUACAUGCGCGCUAUCUCCCUAUCAUUUGUUUUCCGAUGUUAGCGGAAUUUUAGUGCAGAUUGUUUUACGAUACGUAAAGGUGUUGUUGGUGUUGCGUGUGUUGUGUUGCUUCCCAUUGUUCCCAUUUAGCAAGAACGGUUGUGGCGAAGAUAAAGUUGGACAGUCAUAUUGUAAUCGGAAGCCUGUUCCCGAUUCUGAUAAUGUACACAAAAAUCUAAGGGACCAACCUUUAAUUAAUAAAAAGAAUCUGACGUCUUCUACUAAUUUCAUUGAUGUGGAUAAGAUAUCUACUCAACAAGACUUUUCUUCAAAGAACGUAAUAUCAACUGAUAAUGCUAAAGUUAAGAAUUUAGCUGUAUUUGAAAAAGUUAAAUCUAAACUUGAUACAAGAAAAGAAAGAAGUGAUAACAAACAAAAAAAGUCUUCGUCUCAUAGUAAUUUUCAAGAGGUUUCAAAUUAUUUUGAAGAGACCAACGUGGGGCAUUUUUCUUCUACAAAUAUUCCGAAACAAGUUUGCUCUUCUGAGAAAUCUAUUACAGCAGAGACUUCUCCUUUUAAAAUAUCAGUAGAAAAGGAAAUGCAAGAUACAAGAAAGAGGCAAAAUAAUGUUUCAAUCAUACAACAAUCUUAUUCUAGUAACUCAUCUGAAUUGGCAGAUGAGUUUGAUGCAGAUUCAAUACAAACGAAGAAAUUCCAGCAAAGAUUUGAUUCAGAAGGAACUUCUGACAUCCCUGAUUCUCCCAAAAACUUAAUGUCUACGGAGUCAUCUAACACAGAAUUAAACUCAGAUUGUACUACAGAAGUUGUAAGAAAAAGAAAAGAGUACAAAAAAACUUCACUUCCAUCUUUAGAAAGACAUUCUGUGAAUUUAGAUUUUGACCAAGAUAUAAAAACAAUUCUAAACAAUAUAUAUCUUAGAAUGGACAAAAUCAGCAGCAAGCUUGAUGUAUCAAUAAUAAAUCAAACAAAAUUAAUGACUUUCCUUUUGCCUCAUGAGAAAAAAAUAAAUAGACCCAAUAAUUUACCUGCCUUACCUCUACAAUCUAUAAAUGAUCUUCGAAAAUUUGAGAAAUACUUGAGAGAGCCAGAAAAUAUGUCAGCUACGAUUAAAUAUAUUAGUUUUUAUGGAAGUGAUCCAGAUGAAACAAAAGCAACGAUGAAUGUGAUGAAAAAAUUAAUGUACAACUGUUUGGCAAAAAACAUAAAUUUUAAAGGUCUUGAUCCCAAUUCAUCAAAAAUUCCUCUUGAACAAUGUCAUAUGUGGGACCUAAUUCAAGGUGUUGUGAUGUGUAAUAAAAAAAAAAAAUUGUGACAUUAAUAAACUGAAGAGAGCAUGUCAAAAUUGGUUGAAGCAAGCUCCACAUCGGAAGCAAGAAAUUGCAUAUAUUCCUGUUAAGACUCCUGACGCCUCACCGAGAACUCCGUAUUGACGGUAGUAACGUUUCGUCGCGGACAAAAUUAGAGCUAUAGUAGAAACGUGACAGAUUGACGACGAAAUGUUGUGUAUGUCAUUCCAUUAUUAUAUAUUCCAUUGUGAAAAUUUGACUUAUCUCAUAUUUACCAAAUUUGUAAGAAUGGACCGCAAGUAAAGUUUCUUUGAAGUAAUACA